AGGAGAUGAAGGUGCUCCCUGCAUCUGGCCUUGCUGUCCUCCUCAUCACAGCCUUGAAGCUUUCCACGGCAGCCCCCUCCCUAUUUUCAGCCACCCCCAGGACCUGGAGGAACAACUACCACCUUGCACAGGCAUAUCUUGACAAGUAUUACACAAAGAAAGGAGGACACCAGAUUGGUGAGAUGGUUGCAAGAAGAGGCAAUUCCAUGGUAAAGAAGAUUAAGGAGCUGCAGGCCUUCUUUGGCCUCCAAGUCACCGGGAAGUUAGACCCGACCACAAUGGACGUGAUCAAGAGGCCGCGCUGCGGGGUUCCCGACGUGGCAAACUAUCGCCUCUUCCCAGGUGAACCCAAAUGGAAAAAAAAUACUUUGACAUACAGAAUAUCCAAAUACACGCCAUCCAUGAGUGCUGCCGAGGUGGACAAAGCCAUGGAGAUGGCCUUGCGGGCCUGGAGUAGCGCCGUCCCUCUGAACUUCGUCAGAGUAAACGCAGGAGAAGCGGACAUUAUGAUCUCUUUUGAAACUGGAGAUCACGGGGAUUCCUACCCAUUCGAUGGGCCUCGAGGGACUCUAGCCCAUGCAUUUGCCCCUGGAGAAGGCCUGGGAGGAGAUACACAUUUCGACAAUGCUGAGAAGUGGACUUUGGGAAUGAAUGGUUUUAAUUUAUUUACCGUUGCUGCUCAUGAGUUUGGCCAUGCACUGGGCCUGGCCCAUUCCACGGACCCAUCAGCACUGAUGUACCCGACUUAUAAGUACCAGAAUCCCUACGGGUUCCACCUCCCCAGCGAUGACGUGAAAGGCAUCCAGGCACUGUAUGGACCUCGGAAACCAUUCCUGGGAAAUCCCUCUAUGCCCCAUGGCCCCCCUCAUAAGCCGUCCACCCCCGACCUCUGUGACUCCAGCACAUCCUUUGAUGCUGUGACAAUGCUGGGGAAGGAGCUCCUGUUCUUCAAGGACCGGAUUUUCUGGCGACGGCAGGUUCACGUGCCAUCCGGGAUCCGGCCCAGCACUAUCACCAGCUCCUUCCCCCAGCUCAUGUCCAAUGUGGAUGCAGCUUACGAAGUGGCUGAGAGGGGCACCGCUUACUUCUUCAAAGGCCCCCACUACUGGGUAACUAGGGGAUUCCAAAUGCAGGGUCCUCCUCGGACUAUUUACGACUUCGGAUUCCCAAGGCACGUGCAGCGAAUAGAUGCUGCCGUCUAUCUCAGGGAGCCGCAGAAGACCCUGUUCUUUGUGGGAGAUGAAUACUACAGCUAUGAUGAACGAAAAAGGAGGAUGGAAAAAGACUAUCCAAAGAAUACUGAAGAAGAAUUUUCAGGAGUAAAUGGCCAAAUAGAUGCUGCUGUAGAAUUAAACGGCUACAUUUACUUCUUUUCGGGACCAAAAGCGUACAAGUAUGAUACAGAGAAGGAAGAUGUGGUUAGUGUGCUGAAAUCCAGUUCCUGGGUUGGUUGCUAAAUAGAAAAGUCUGAUCUUUCCCAGGGAAUGAAGAUGACUGCAAGCAGCUUAUAACCGGAUCUUAAGGACUAAAGCAGAAUGUAGGAUAGGGAUUCUUCCCACGGCCUUCACAUCUAAGGGCAACGUAGGGUUCCUUGAAAAUAAUAUGUCAAAAUUUUUUCAUAGUUGUAUAUUCAGAAUUUUAAUCCAAAUGAGAAAUUUCUAUAUAGCCAACUUUACACAAAAUCAGAAUCAACACAAUGCACUCUUCAGUUAAACGCCAUUAUUUUUUUCUUACCUAACAUACUAAAGUAAAUUGAUCAGUUUGAUUUUUAUUUCCAGGAAGAAGCCUACUUGUGGAUUCUAUGACAUAUAUUACAAUUUUUUGAAUAAGAAAUGCCAUUACCAUCCAAAUUAUAAUUAUUUUUUACAAGCAAUAGCUGUUGUGGUCAUCAUUUGGCCAUCAUUUGUUAUGAUAAAUAUAAAUUUACCCAUUUUUACUUUAAAUGCAU